UAGAGCCACUAUGAAGUGGGAGCUCCAACUUUAAAACCUGAGGGAAUUCGAUUAACCUUGACAUCUGAGAUUGCGUUUUAACGGAUGAGGAGGCAGUGUUUCAAAACGAGCAACAUAACCGUUGGUGGCCAACAAUUGAACAGAAAAUUCACUGAUGAACCACGCAUGUGGUCCGAACAUUAUCCGAACUGUACCCUACCGAACGCACCAACAGGAAAAGUUUUACGCCGAGGGUAACAGACUAGGCUUACUGUAUAUGCUUAUAGCACAUGACAGCUUUGCCUUUCUUCUUCAGAAAUGUGGUAUUGUGAGAUGAGCGGCUCUGCCACCAUCUUCCCGUUGAGCCCAUUGUCUUCUCAAUCAAAGGUGUUGUAGACCAGCGCCAUGGGAGUACACGGACUUUGGAAGUUGCUGGAGAGCACCGGGAAGCCCAUCAACCCCGAGACGCUGGAGGGGAAAAUAUUGGCUGUUGACAUCAGCAUCUGGCUGAACCAGGCGCUAAAGGGCGUCAGGGAUCGUGAUGGCAACACAGUACAGAAUGCACAUCUCCUCACUCUGUUCCAUCGUCUCUGCAAACUUCUCUUUUUUCGCGUUAGACCUGUCUUUGUGUUCGACGGAGAUGCACCUCUGCUCAAGAAGCAGACUCUGGCCAUCAGAAGACAACGGAAAGAGGAGAUGAGCAAGGAGUCUAAACAAACACAUGAGAAAAUGCUGAGGACGCUUCUUAAGAGACACGCCAUUAAAGCCGCACUGGGAGAAACCAGUCAGGAACCCAUGCCCAGCAUCUCUACUCUGAGGAGAGAUGAAGCUGAUGACAUGUACGUCCUUCCAGCGUUACCGGCACCAGUUGAGAUGGAGAACAGCCUUGAUGAAGAAGAGGCACUAGACUGGGAGGAGUCUACACAGGCCCUUAACAGCUGGCAAGAGAACAUUUAUGAAGACCCUAGUUCAGUGGACAUAAACUCUGAGCAGUUCUCGCAGUUACCCCCGGAGAUGAAACAUGAAAUUCUCAAAGACAUGAAGGAGUUUGCCAAGAGACGCCGGACCAUGUACCAGAAACCACCAGAGAAAGCAGGUGACUUCUCCCAGUACCAGCUGGCUGGGCUGCUGCAGCGACGGCGUCUGAACCAGCGCCUGGAGGGUGUGGAGCAGGAAAUGAAUCAGCAGGCCUCCGCAGGCCUCGAGCUCCCCCAAGACUCUCAGCAAAGCGUGGAGACGCGGCGCCUUGCUUCAGAAGACUCCUCACACUAUAUCCUCAUCAAGGGGUCUGAGAGGAGCACCAAGCCUGCUGAGAGCCAGCCAGCAGUCUCCUCCUCAGUCCCUCUGGGCCACUAUGGGAAGCACAAGGGCAGGCGACCCGACAUUCUCUGGACGCCCAUAUCAGAGGAGAGCCCUGAAGAGGACCAUCCCUCCUCUCCAAAACCUUCCGUGUCUGACUGUCCCUCCUCUCUGAAACCCCCCAUGCCUGACCGGGCCUCCACAUCAGACUUUCAACCCCCUUCGCCGCGGACCCUCAAGGCCAUAGAGGCUGCUAUGAUGGGCAGCAGUUCGGAGGAGGAGGGCGAUGCGGAGCGAAGAGACUUCCCAGGAGGUGCCUGGGGUGACAUGUCUCCUCGUACACUGUUGGCUGUGCAGAACGCCAUGCUAGAGCCAGAUCGCAAAGGGCUCUCGAUGGACUUCCCACAAUGCACCUCCAAGCAACCUCAGUGUUUAAACACGGAGCCUUCCCUUGAAUGGAGCAGUCUCUGCACAGAAAAGCGUCAUGGCAGUCUUUUACCACACGGUGGCGCUGUAGUCAUCAGCAGUUCAGAAGAGGAGAAGGAGGAUGCUGGAGCCGAUGACUCUCACAUCUUAAAUGGGAACAAGAAUUUGCACACUCAGGAGCAGCUCAACAAGAACAUGCAGAGUCAGGAGCAGGGUGAGGGUCUGUCUCUGAAAACACUGUGUACAGCCCAGAGAAGUUCACCUGUGGCAGAGGACCACGAUGACAGGGUGGGUGAGGAUAAGGGUGUGCUUGCUAAGGCUGCCCAGCAGGGGGAAGUGGUGAGCACAAAUGCAUCAGUCAUCAGAAUCCCUUCAGAUGCAGGAGAUACAAGCACCACGUCAUCAGAAAGCGAAUCUAGUGAACUAGAAUCAACUACUCUGUCAAAAUCACUGCAGCCCUGCACUGCAUCUGAAAGACAUAAAGUGAUCUCCACAGUACAAACCACCCCUGAGGAAAAUCCUGGGAAGCAGAGCUUUCUUUCUAAUGUCCCCCAAGGGAAUGGACAAGGAAUCAAAUUUGAGGAGAAGGAGAAAAGACCUUCCGAAGAUGACUAUAAGAGUGAGACUAGCGAUGAAGGUAGCACAGAACAGAACUUUAUUGAAGUGUCCGAGGGAGAGGAGGAGAGUGAGGAGCUUGACCCUGAUGAGUCUGAACUCAAGCAAGACGUUUCCCUGUCUGUUGUGGCUCAACCUGAGGACCUGAUCCAUAAGGAGGAAGCCAACAAGAUGGAGGAAGCGAUGAUUAACGAGCCUGAAGAAGGCCCGUCACAAGAGAGCGGAGAGGAUGAAGAUGAGAAAGGACUGAGCUCGACACCUGCAGCUAACGAGUGGGACCACAUAGACCUGACGGAGCUGAGGCAGUUGGAGAGCUCCCUGGAGGAGGAGCAGCACAGCCUGAGAGGGCAGCAGCAGCAACAAGAGAGAAUAGCCGCCUCCGUUACUGGUCAGAUGUGUCAGGAGAGCCAGGAGCUCUUACGACUGUUUGGAAUUCCCUUCCUGGUUGCACCGAUGGAGGCUGAGGCCCAGUGUGCUGCGCUGGACCGCGCAGACCUCACCCACGGCACUAUCACAGACGACAGUGAUAUCUGGCUCUUUGGCGGCCGCCACGUCUACAAAAACUUCUUCAGCCAGAACAAGUAUGUGGAACACUACCAGUUUACGGACCUUAAGAACCAGCUAGGCUUAGACCGGACCAAGCUGAUACACCUGGCUUAUCUUCUGGGCAGUGACUAUACUGAAGGCAUUCCUGGGGUUGGUUAUGUCACAGGGAUGGAGAUCCUCAAUGAAUUUCCAGGCACUGCAAUGGAGCCACUCAUGCAGUUCAGCAAGUGGUGGGCAGAAGCUCAGCAGAAUAAGAAGCUGGUGUCCAACCCCAAAGACACCAAAGUGAAACGGAAGCUGAGAGGCCUGAAGCUUCAUCCAGGCUUCCCAAACCCAGCGGUCGCUCAGGCGUACCUGCAUCCAGCUGUAGACCCAUCGGAAGGAUCCUUCAGCUGGGGCCGCCCACACCUGGAUCUCCUCAAGGAAUUUUGUCAAAAUCGUUUCGGUUGGACCCGUAGAAAGACUGAGGAGACUCUGCAGCCUGUUCUGAAGCAGCUGAACUCGCAACAAACGCAGCUGCGCAUCGACUCCUUCUUCCGUCUGGAGCAGCAGGACAGGCAGACGAUCCAAAGCCAGCGCCUGCGCCGAGCCGUCACCUGCAUGAAGAGGAAGGAGCGUGGGGAAGCGCCCGACGAAGAUGAAGAUGAAGAUGAGCUGAAAGACACGAAAAAGGGGAGGACCGGGCGGUCAGAGCAGAUGCAGGAGCCGGUCAGCCGCCCUGUCGGGGCAUUUGAGGGAGGCUUUCUUGGGUCUCAGGAACCAGGGGCUGCUGCUUACAUGGGAGGUCCUGAGGAAGAGCCAGUGGUGGCGACGGAGUGUAAAAGGGAAAAGAAAGUGGAAACUCCCAAGUCCCCACCGAAACACUGUGCUCGGGAGGCAGUCCGGGUCAAGUCCGCACCGAAACACUGUGCUCGGGAGGCAGUCCGGGUCAAGUCCGCACCGAAACACUGUGCUCGGGAGGCAGUCCGGGUCAAGUCCCCACCGAAACACUGUGCUCGGGAGGCAGUCCGGGUAGACUGCUGCAACAGCAGCAGCUCGGACUCAGAUAGUGAGAGUGGUCAGGCCGUUGCCAUGGUCACCGCACAGUCUGUCUUCAACAGCAAACCACAAAAGAGAGGGAGAAGAGGGGGCCGUGGCAGAGGCAGGACCGCGCACUGAGAAUUAUAUUAAUAAACACCAACACAGUCACACACCACAUUUAGAUCAUCAUGACAUCUAUCUGUAAAAAAAAUAUCUCAGGGCUUUCUUAAGAUGUUACAACUGUCAUUGCUUUAAGUUGUCAGAUUUUGUUUCAUGGAGAUAGCAAUGCUGCCCCAUAAGUGUUUGUAUGUCAAAAUCCCCUCGUCUGUCAUCUUUUGCAUCUGUAAAUGCGGCCUUAUUUAGUAUAUAAGACUCGUUUACACCAUAUUGUCAGAAUGAUCACGUAUCUCCAGCUCCAGGUUACAAUAGUUUUGUAAUGAUUUGUUCUUUUACAAUUUUUGCCCAUUGCUUACACAUUAAAAAUGAAUGCUUAGACCAAA